AUGGCUAUGAUUAUCAAUUUACAAAAUAUUUAUAAGAACUUGAUCAUUAAAAAAAAAAAAUACUUUCACAAAAAAAAAAAAAAAAANAAAAAAAUACUCCACAAAAAAGAUCAAAAAAUGCAGUCUCUACUUCAUGAAAUAAGAAGUGAAAUAUUCAAAUUUAUAGAAACACCUAUUUCACUUAUACUUACAGAUCGCAAAUGGUAUGCUGUCUCGCAAGAUCCUCAUGUUCGCGGGGAAUGGCUAAUAUAUAAAUAUGGUCGUUCCCACGCUUUAUUUCAUGGCGUUAGGCUUGGAAACGAUUUUUUAACGCUUGACGUUGUUCAGGUUUUGCUCACACGAAAAGCCUUAAUUUCUAGAUAUUUUAUACAACGUCUAAUAAUGCAAUUUGGGCCUUAUGAUGAAAAACUUAUAGAACAAAAGAUCCAACAUAAUGCAAAUCAAAUUGAUUUUGAUAGAAUUCGUGACUUUAAAAAGAAACUUCGUUCUCCUUGGGCUAGUAAUUUACCUUUACCAAUUUUUACUAAACUAAUCACUGAAGGAUAUAAUACUUUAAGUGAUCAUGGUCUUGAGACGAAAGGAAAUGAUAUGGAAUUAUUUCAUUUCUUAUCAGCCGGUCCUCUUGUCAUUAAUGAUGCUCCUCAAAAACUUCAUCAAAAUCUUAGUGAAAUUGAAGAUUUGAUUUUAAAUAAAAAGUUUGUGCCUUUUCCCCCUCGUCCUAAACCUAUUUUCGAAGAUACCAUAGAAUAUAUUCAAUUAAUGCAAGCGAGAGCUCAUGAAGAUUAUCCUCCGAAGGAUGGCUAUGAAAAUAGUCGUCAACUUAAUGUCGUGGCUAGAGCGAUAUUGAUACAUCCUGAUUUAAUAAAUUUAUGGAAAGAAAUUGGAUACCAUAGAAUUUGCAGUGAUGUCAACGAUCUCGUGAUGCAAGGCGCCUUUUUAAUUUUAUUUCCUCCUACUCCACCCACUAAUUGGAUAAUUCCUGACAUUGAUUCCGUUGUAACCCGUUUAAGACAACUACUUGCUGUUGGAUUUCAAUUAACCGAAACUGUUAUGGAAGCAGCAUUUCAAUUAUUUGAACAUAGAUUAGAUGAGAUUGGGGAUCUUUUGAUGGAUUCGUUUCAAAAUAUUCGUAAAGAACCAAAAUCAGUAAUUGCUUGCUCCUGUCUUAUUCAAACAGCAAAACCUGAGAGAAAACAUAAAAAAUUUGAUUUAUUGGAAUUUUUAAUUAAAUAUAUUGAUGAUCAACCUGAAAAAGCUUGGGAAAAAGCAUUAAAACAUUAUAAUGUUGGUUUUAAAUAUGAUAUUGAUUCAAUAAAAUCUGUAGAAAUGAGAUCAUUAUCAGUUCAUUCAAAUAUUUAUUAUUGGAUACUUAAGAAAUAUGGUCCAAAUUAUAAAAUUACACAUCAAUGUUUUGAUGAUAUUUUAGAAUCAAGAAUUUGGAUAGAUUUAAAAUUACAAGAAAAUCCUGAAUUAGAUGUUCCAGAACAUCUUACUAAACAAGCUUUUAAUUCCAUUUGCUCCAUUUAUCUAGAAUUUUGCAAAGAAAAGUUUCCAUUUAAAAGAAAUUAUUUACCAUAUUUAAUGAUGGCGAAAGAUGAAGAAAUUAUCAAACCAUUUUUUAAAAUAAGCUUGCCAAUUUUGUUUGGUCUAAAAUUACAACGCAAUUUACCAUAUGAUAUAAAUCAUGAGUAUGACAGACCCAAAGUUAAUUAUUAUUAUAAAAAUAAUAAUAAAAGAAAGUUUAACGAGAUGGAUUGUUAUUCAGAUCAGAAUGAAUUGGCUAAAUUGUUUGAUGAAUUAAAAGAUAAUUAUAAUGGUACUAAAGCAUAUAAAAUUUAUCAUGAAGAAUUUAUGUGUAGGUACUCUGAGAAGGAAUUGAAUGAUUCUGAUUUUGAACAACCUGGAUCGUCAUCUGAAUCCCUUGCAUCAAAAAAACCUAGGCAUGAAAUUUAA